AUGUGCCACAGCAUCCACCUGCCCACACAGCCGCCACACAGCCACCACACAGCCGCCACACAGCCGCCACACAGCCGCCACACAGCCGCCACACAGCCACCACACAGCCGCCACACAGCCGCCACACAGCCGCCACACAGCCACCACACAGCCGCCACACAGCCACCACACAGCCGCCACACAGCCGCCACACAGCCACCACACAGCCGCCACACAGCCGCCACACAGCCACCACACAGCCGCCACACAGCCAUCACCACACAGCCGCCACACAGCCGGCACACAGCCGCCACACAGCCGGCACACAGCCGGCACACAGCCGCCACACAGCCGCCACACAGCCACCACACAGCCGCCACACAGCCGCCACACAGCCGCCACACAGCCACCACCACACCACAGUUUAAUUGGAGAGGAGGUGUGGUCAGAGGAGGUGUGGUCAGAGGAGGUGUGGUCAAAAGAGGUGUGGUCAGAGGAGGUGUGACCAGAGGAGGUGUGGUCAGAGGAGGUGUGGUCAGAGGAGGUGUGACCAGAGGAGGUGUGGUCAGAUGCAGUCUGAGGAGGUGUGGUCAGAGGAGGUGUGGUCAGAGGAGGUGUGGUCAGAGGAGGUGUGGUCAGAGGAGGUGUGGUCAGAGGAGGUGUGACCAGAGGAGGUGUGGUCAGAUGCAGUCAGAGGAGGUGUGGUCAGAGGAGGUGUGGUCAGAGGAGGUGUGA